AUUCGUGCGGUCUGCUGAUGCAGCCCUGCUGGUUUCUGCGGGCCGCCGCCGCGGGCUGAGGCGGCCCGGGCACCCGUCUGGCAGGUCGACGCCACGAAACCCACGGCCUCGCGCAGCGUGUCGGCGGAGAUAUUCGUGAUGUGCAUCGGCUUCAAGGCCGGGAAAAUCGAGCCGAAGUUCUUCGACCCGAAGUGGGUAUUCAUGGAGACAGUCGAGCAGCCGGAAGACAAGGAGAAAAAGAGCACCGCUGCCACCCUGACAGAGCAUUUCAAGAACGCGAAGAAGAAACACCGCAGCGGGUAUGAAGAAGGCGCACUCAACCAGGUAGUGGCCGCGCACGACUUCGUCGCGUCGGCUUCCCCGGCCGAGGUGCUGAUCACUAGCCACAGGAUCAACCUGGACGCCACUGGCUCCGAAGAACUGGCAGCUCAUCCCACGACUACGAGCGAUAUUCGCGAGUUCUGCCAGGACCUCAAGGUAUGCGGCAAGGCCGAACUGAGCGCCCUGCUGAAGUGGCGGAUGAAGAUCGUCCGGGAGCGCGAGCGCGCGCAGCGGGCGGAGCAGAAGGCGAAGGACAAGCAGGCCCUCGCCGUGAGGAGCUCGGGCGCUCCGGCGGCUGCCGGAGGGCCCGCGCCGGCAGAGGCCGCCGCCUCCGCCCCAUGCAAGGCCGCCGCCGCGGCGGCCGCGGCAGGCCAGGCUGCCGCCGCGGAGGCCGCGGGCGCGCUGCAGGGUGACGUGGACGACGCCAUCUCCGCACUGCUGGACGAAGGC